UAUGGGGUUGCGUAAUUCCUUAUGUUGUCCUAUCCGCCGCUUGAGCCCUAUUCCAGCUAAAAAAUAUUGUCGAUUCCAGUGUUGAAUCCACACUUCAUCAUGCUUAUUCUUUGGAUCAUCAAUACUUUGCCUUGGAUAAAUGUUGUUGCUGCUCUUUUAAUCUUUCAGAACUGUGUUCUUCGGUGGAUGAAAAAUUUCUCAUUUUUUGGUGUUAAUCUAAGGGUUUUAGGUCUCUGGAGAAAGCUACAUCUCAAAUUACGGCCGGUGGGGAGAUAUUGGGAUGCUCGAAACCAUAAGAAUUUGAGUUGUAUUCUUCUUCUCAGGGGUGGAGCUACAACCUAUCAAGGGUGGUCAAGCAUUCUGAACAUUCUUUACAUUGUAUAUAUAAGUAAAAUGCUGCUCUAUUUUAUUAAAUAUCAUGUGUUUUGAUAGAUCUGAAAGAAAUAGCUCAGGGGUAGAAGGUGAUUAGCAAGUGCCAAGGGCACUGCGUGCAUGGGUUCAAAACCCACCGGCUGCUAAAUACUUUUACCUUUUUAGCAUUUUCAAAGGAGCUCCUAUUUUAUUGAACACCCUUCUUAAAAUUUUUAGCUCCGUAGGUGAUUUCUUUUCAUGUCUUAUUCUCAAUAAAUACAAUUACCUGAUAUAUGUUGUUUAUGAAGGACGACAUGUAUAUAGUGGAACUAAUAAAAAUGUGUGCAAGCUGUUUCAAA